GUUGCCGGGCGGCUGCGGAGUCACUCGGCUGAGUCCGGUUCCUCACCGCACGGCACCGCGUCUUACCGCACCCUACAGUACCGCACCGCACCGGACAGCAUCCUACCGCACCCUACAGUACCGCACCGGACAGCAUCCUACCGCACCCUACGGUACCGCACGACACCGUACCGCACCGUACCCUCCGGCACCGCAGCGUACGGCGGGGCCCCGCUCCCUCCGCCACCGCACCCUCCGGCACCGCAGCGCCCGUGCCCGGCGGGGCCAUGAUGGCGUGCGCCGAGCUCCUGGCCGUCUGCCUGCUGUCGGCCGACCGCGGCCCCGCCGCCCCCCGCCGCCAGCCGCUCCCCAUCUUCCACGACAUUUUCCGACGAGCCGACAAGAACGAUGAUGGGAAGCUGUCAUUUGAGGAGUUCAAGAACUAUUUUGCUGAUGGGAUCCUGAGCUCGGAGGAGCUGUGGGAGUUGUUCAGUGGCAUCGACAGGCGUCAUUCGGAUAACGUGGAGACGGAGAAGUUGUGCGAAUAUUUCUCGGCCUACCUCGGAGAAUACAGGAAUGUGCUUUCUGCCCUGGAAGCCCUCAACUCUGCGGUCCUGGCAGCCAUGGACAAAACCAAACUGAGGUACGAGACCUCCUCGAAGAUGGAGCAGUUCCUGACCCGUUUCCUUCUGAGGGAAACCAUGCAGCAGCUGCAGUCCCUCCAAACCUCACUCGAGUGUGCUGUUGACACCGUGGAGGAGCAGGCAGGACGGGAGAGAAAGGACAUAAAUAAGUCUGAGACCUCGGUUGGCCUGAGAUCAGGGAGACGGUGUGGGCGCAGAGGACAGAAGAACGUCUGUCUGUCUCCCACAGACCCCUAUUCUGGGAUGCUCAUGACAGGCGUCUGUGUGGAAGACAACAGCCAGUGGAUGGCGCAGAUCAACAGGCUCCAGCAGCUCAUCGAGAAGUUGGAGUGCAAGAGCCCGCGCCUGGAGCCGCUGAAGGAGGAAGCGAUGUGCAAAGGAAAAGACGCGCACAUCCUGGUGGCCAAGAGGCAGAUCUCGGUGGCGACGAGUGGCAUCGAGGAGUUUCGCCAGGCGGUCAGGUCCUACACGGAGGUCACCGCCGGGCAGAGCAGCUGCCUGCACGUCUCUGCCUGCAAGCUGUCGGACGAGGCCUGCUUCAUCCUCUACGAGUUCUGGCAGGAUGUGACUUCCUGGAGAAGCCACUUGCAGUCCAGCUGCAGCAAGACUUUCCAGCGGUCCAUCAUCAGCUUGCUGGAGUCCCCGGAGCUGCUGACCACCAUGCUCUUCCCAGCCUCCUGGUGGAUCAUGAACAACAACUGACCCCGGGCAGCGCUUUCCAAGGACACAGCUCUGGGCACAGCCAUCACCUCCCCUCCCCUCUGUCACCUCCCUGUCCCUCAUCCCCUCCCAUGGCCCGCCGGGGGCUGCCACCCACCCUCCCAGGCAGCUUUUUACCCUUUUGCUCUUUUCAUGUUAAUUUAUUUAUUCCCCCCUCUCGCCCACGACCGGCUCUGUGCUGCCCAGGGGGAGCUGGCACCCCCCCCCCCCCAGCAGCGCUUUUGGGGGUGGCAGCCUGGCCUGUGGAGGGGAGCACUGGGCUGGUAGCCACAUCCCAGCAGCCCUCAGCCCCUCCCGCACCCCAGCUCCUCUUCCUCUCCAUCCUCCUCUUCCUUCCAGCUCAGAGGACAGGCUGAUGCUCCCCAGGAGGGUGAGAGGGGCUGGGGGCCAUGGCUCUGCCCAGCUGUGGUUCCCCAUGCCCAGCUCACCACAGCCACCCUGGGCCACCUCCUAGGGAUGGUGAAUAGUGUUUUAUAGAAAAGAAAGAAAGGAUUACUAAGUAUUUGUGGCCCCGGCCCCAGUGGCAGCCUCUGCAGCCAUUGCAAUGGCUUUGGGACCGGACUUGUGUCCCCCCACCAAGCUGUGUACCCACCAAUAAACCACUGCACCUCCGGGGAAGGCCAGUGUGGCUACUAGCCCUGUCUGUGGCUUCCCCCCCAUGGCUCAAUUCACACAAGCCAGGGUUGGCAGGAUGGGGAUGAUGGUGUGGGGGGGACCAGAGGAGCGGGGAAGCCCCCAGGGCUGGGCCCGGGGUUGCAGACUCGGGGUUUGGGGCAGAAGCAGAAGUGUUGACUCCCAGGAGGAUAGGGAAGCUUUGCAAGAGGAUCUAGAUAGACUGGAUCACUGGGCCAAUGCCAAUGGAAUGAGUUUCAACAAGGGCAAGUGCCAGGUCCUGCACUUGGGCCACACC